UCUCCUCUCCGGCCUCUCAGCGAGCGCAGGCUCUGGCUCCGGCAUCUGUCUGGGCUCCUGGCCUCCCCCUCCCCCUCCCGGCGCCGUCAUUCACCCCGCUCCUCUCGCGCACAGCCAAUGGAGAGACCCGGCCGAAACGGCGAGGCUCGCUCGCGUAGGGCUUUUUCGCCGGGUGAUUGAUGUCCCAGAGUCAACAGCUCGCGAGCAACUGGAGAGGGGAAGGAGAACCCGGAGCGGGGAAGAAUACGGCUCCCCUCUCCCUCCCCUCCCCCGACUUUAGCCCUUCUGCGCCCUUCGCCUCUAAGUCUGGGCGCAGCCCCGAGCACCGUCCUCGUCGCCUCCGCGCCCCGCUCGCUACCUGAGAAGCCCGCACCGCGCGCGCCGCCGCCCCGGCCCCCGGGGGACGGGGACGGGGGCGGGAGGGGGCGGCAUGGAGCACCUGGGUCCGCACCACCUCCACCCGGGCCACGCGGAGCCCAUCAGCUUCGGCAUUGACCAGAUCCUCAACAGUCCGGACCAGGGCGGCUGCAUGGGGCCCGCGUCGCGCCUGCAGGACGGAGAAUAUGGCCUCGGCUGCCUGGUCGGCGGCGCCUACACUUACGGCGGCGGUGGCGGCGGGGGCUCUGCUGCCGGGGCGGCGGCCGGGGGCGCGGGGGCCUACGGCGCGGGCGGCCCGGCCGGCGGCCCCCCGGGAGGCCCCCCUGGAGGCGGCGGCGCCUGCAGCAUGGGCCCGCUGGCCGGCUCCUACAACGUGAACAUGGCCUUGGCCGGCGGCCCCGGGCCCGCGGGCGGCGGUGGCGGCGGCGGCGCGCUGAGCGCCACGGGAGUGAUCAGGGUGCCAGCGCACAGGCCCCUGGCCGGAGCCGCGGCCCAUCCCCAGCCCCUGGCCGCCGGCUUGCCCACCGUGCCCACCGUGCCCGCCGUGCCCGCCGUGCCUGGCGUCAACAACCUCACCGGCCUCACCUUCCCCUGGAUGGAGAGCAACCGCAGAUACACAAAGGACAGGUUCACAGGUCACCCCUAUCAGAACCGGACGCCCCCCAAGAAGAAGAAGCCACGCACCUCCUUUACGCGCCUGCAGAUCUGCGAGCUGGAGAAGCGCUUCCACCGCCAGAAGUAUCUGGCUUCGGCCGAGCGCGCUGCGCUGGCCAAGGCGCUCAAAAUGACCGACGCUCAAGUGAAAACCUGGUUCCAAAACCGGCGGACGAAGUGGAGGCGGCAGACUGCGGAGGAACGGGAGGCCGAGAGGCAGCAGGCAAAUCGCAUCCUCCUGCAGCUGCAGCAGGAAGCCUUCCAGAAAAGCCUGGCCCAGCCGCUGCCAGCCGACCCCCUGUGCGUGCACAACUCUUCGCUCUUCGCCCUGCAGAACCUGCAGCCCUGGUCUGACGACUCCACCAAGAUCACCAGUGUUACAUCGGUGGCAUCAGCCUGCGAGUGAGCUUAGCUUGUCCAGGCACCCAAGGGGACCUCAGGCCAAGUGAGAGGUCCUGAGGCCCCAGGGCCAAGACUGUCCCCAUUUCUCUCCUUUGAGAAGGAGGGGAACUCAGAGCCCUUGCACCAGCCUCACACUCCUGCCACCACCAUCGCCACUGCCACUGCAGAUCUGCCUCAGUGGAAGUCAAGGAAAGAGUGCUGGGGACAGGGACACGACAUGCCUGCCCAGGAGCCUACACAUCCCAUGCCUGCUGAAACCGUUCAGAGCCCCUCGGCUUUCCUGCAUUUCCUUUCAUUCUGGUUUUCACAGGGACCAAGAGGUGAGGGCAUAGUGGUGGAAGGGUUUCUGGGAUUCCCACGGCUGCUCUGAGAAGCCCAUGGUGUCCCACUCAGCAUCUGCACCAGGCACCCAUGCAAAGGUGUUGUCAUUGUCCCCCCCAUGUCACCCCAGAACCACAAAGGAUGACCUGUGGCAGAGUGUCCUGCAACACAGGGUCAUGGCUUAGAUACUACUGGCGCUCACUACUGGGCACAGCCCGAGGGUAACCUAUACUCAUUCUGAGCAGCAUGGUCCCCUCCAAUACGAGUGACAGAGUGCCCAAGACACACAACAGCCUCACCUGGCCUCCAUCCCAGGUACGAUAGACAGGUUUUCACCCAAACUCAACCCAUUCUCCAGAUCCUGUUUGUAAGGGAGGGGGUUUAAAUUAUGCACUUAUAAGGUGUUUUCUGUGUACCAUUUUAUAAAGUGCUUGUGUAAUUUAUGUGGAAAAAUAAAACCCUUCA